AUGAAUGUCUACAGCUGGUCUUUGAAGCACGCUCUGCUGCUUUCUUCGGUCCUUCUUUGCCAUCUCGGCACUGUGCAAGCCGACAAUCCUAUUGUCCAAACCUCCUACACUGCGGAUCCUGCUCCUCUUGUUGUGGACGACCGAGUCUAUCUCUUCACUGGUCACGACGAGGAUGGCUCAACAAAUUACGACAUGAGAGAGUGGCUUCUCUUCUCCUCGGCGGACAUGGUCAAUUGGCAACAUCACGGCAGCCCCAUGAAUAUCAGCACGUUUUCUUGGGCCAGCGCCAAUGCCUGGGCCGGCCAGGUUAUCGGCCGGAAUGGGAAGUACUACUUCUAUGUCCCGGUUACCAGUCGCGAUGGCCUCAUGUCCAUCGGCGUUGGUGUCAGCGACAGUGUCACUGGCCCUUUUGUCGAUGCUAUUGGUGGCCCUCUUCUCGCCAAUGGCCAAAUCGACCCCACCGUAUUCAUUGACGAUGACGGGCAAGCCUACAUGUUUUGGGGCAACCCGGACCUGUGGUAUGUCAAGCUCAACGAAGACAUGAUCUCGUACAGCGGCGAAAUCACAAAGGUCGAGCUGACGAUUGACGGUUUCGGCGCUCGCGAUGAUACCACAGUGCGCCCCACGGCCUUUGAGGAGGGCCCUUGGGCCUACAAGCGAGGAGAUCUCUACUAUAUGAUCUAUGCAGCUGUGUGCUGCCCGGAGGAUAUUCGCUACAGCACGGGUCCCACCAUCGUGGGGCCAUGGACUUAUGGAGGCAUCGUCAUGCCUUCAGAAGGCGGCAGCUUUACGAACCAUCCCGGCGUGGUCGAUUUCAGCGAUAUAUCAUACUUCUUUUACCACAAUGGCGCCUUGCCUGGUGGAGGUGGGUUUACUCGGUCUGUUGCGGUCGAGAGCUUUAACUAUUCUCCCAAUGGAUCUAUCCCAGAGAUGAAGAUGACUACCGAAGGCCCGGCUCAAAGAAAGGGUGUGAACCCUUUUGAAAGACAAGAGGCAGAGUUGAUUGCUUGGUCUCAGGGUAUUGAAGUGGAAGUCUGCAGCCAAGGUGGUAUGGCUGUUGCCUACAUCAACGAUGGUGACUACAUCAAGGUCAAGGGCGUCGAAUUUGGCAACGGAGCGGCAAAGUUUACGGCCAGUGUAUCAUCCGCGACCGCCGGUGGUAACAUUGAGAUACGCGUCGACAGCUUCGAUGGAACUCUCAUCGGUACUUGCGCUGUUACUGGCACUGGUGGAUGGCAAACUUGGACGACCGUGACGUGCCCUAUCAACGGCGCUGAAGGCAGCCAUGACCUUUAUUUCAGCUUUACUGGGGAGGGGACCGACUAUCUGUUGAACUUUGACUGGUGGCAGUUCGAGUAA